AUGGAUCAUCAAGGAGGGCCCCUCACGAAUCUUCUUGUGCGGAUCACCGGGGUCAACAGCGUCCGGCUGGGGUCCGAUACCGAAGCCAAGGUUGUCGAACUUGCCUUCAACAUUACUACGAAGAUCCGACUUGACCGCGACAUCCUCCCGGUCUGGUUCAAGGCCGAGCCGCCCGGUCCGCGUGAGCUCGAGAAGACACAAGACAAGCAUGAGACCUUCGCUGGCAGAACCCAGAGGCAGGACUUUCCGCUGUUCUACAUAUUGAUGGACUACAUCCACCAGGAAGGAAAAGUCGGCGACUUUGCGAGGACGGGACUACUCUACAUCAUCGAGUGCGCUUCCAGCUCGGAGCAACUGGAGCAGUGGAUCGUCGAGAGCGAUCUAUCAACACUCAUGUCGACAGGAUUAGGCGCUUUGUACAGCCAGCUUAGUCGCAAGCUGGUUAUCGACCACCUCCCACACGACUUGCCUCCCGUUCUUGCCCUCUCCGACUAUGAACACCCGACGUCGACGUACGAGAUCAUAAGCUCGUGCUCCCCCGACUUUCAGCUGCAUCUGGAGACUUUCUUGUCGCAUCUUCUUUUCUGGCAGGAUGUCUUGGAGCACUGUAAGUCAGUCGAGGUCAAGCAAACGCUGCUGGAGCAUUUCCAGGUUAUCUUUCUGCAACAACUUCUAUACCCAUCUCUUCUUGAGUCUUCCGAUAUCGACGGCGGCUCUUCCGUCGCUGUCUUGACCUAUCUGCGCCGUAUCCUUGAAUCCCUCGAUCAUCCGGACAUGAUCAACCUCAUCCUACACUAUCUCCUCGGGCUACCGAGCCAUCUAUCUGGCCGCGGGCCCGGCUCACGAACGUCCAUCAGCGACGCGCGCAAACGCAAAUCUAUGGAUCUCGCCUCCAUGAUGGCUUCGGCGAAUUCCGACUCGACUGCGACUCCACUCCUUUUUAAUCUCGUAGAUCUCAUGCUCGCGUGCCUGAGGUCCCACAACCAGCAGACAAUCCACGUCACACUGCAGCUGGUAUCGGCCAUUCUUAAGAGACAUCACCGGUACGCCGUCAUCACUCUGCUGCAUACGGAUGUCAUCGUGGGCGAGAGGGCCAAGCGAACUAUUGGUGCUCACGAGCAGGAGGUCGACUAUUUGGUCAACCUCGCUGGCUCAAUCGGCGGCCAGGACAACUUCGAUGAAAUCUACGACAGCAUCGUGAAGGAUACGAUGGCUCGCCUGGAGAGUCACCCUUGUUCUUUGAAGCUCGUGGCACCUAAAAUCUCCACCAACAACCACGAGUUACCUGCGAUCCCAGACAGCCUUCCCGGCGCUCCUCGUGACGUGCCACAACACACAUUGCGGCCUGAUGAUCCCCUUCUCAGCACAUUGCUGGAUCUGUUGGAGACUUUCUUCGUGAAUCCUGUCGAUACCAACCUCGCUCUAACAGACACUGUCGUCAAUCUUGCCAUCUGCGGCUACAUGAGCAUCGAAGGCUGGCUGUUGAGGAACCCUCAAAGGUACACGUACGAACAUGACGCCGAUCCCACAUCUCCCAUCACUCCGGCCACGCCAUUGUUCAAUGUGGUGCCUGUAGACCCAGAAGACCCAGGCACCACCGAGGCUGAAAAGCUCAGAGCCAUCGAAAGCUGCAGACGUUGUCCUCUCUGGGCCCAACCGUCGUUGCCUCGCAUGCUGGUCGUCUUGCAGCGACUCUGCACGCAGAUCUCUGAAUAUCGAGAAAAUAUUCCCCGCUUCGACGAGCUGCUGCAACACCGUCGAGAGGCCUUUCAAACAGCCGAUUCGGUUCACGCCACACCCAGUCUUCCAGCGAAACCCGUGCCGCAUCAACACAGUUCAACCCAGACGCCUGACCGCCCAAGCCUGGAGGAGAUUUCCCGAAGCGGCUCGCCAUCGCGUCCAUCGGCCCUCGAGGGCUUCGCACAGCGCCUUCUCUCUGAAUUUGGCACGCCCAGUCGAACCAGCAGCCCUCGCGGUCGCAAAGAACACAGCCGUGGCUCGGGUGCGGCCAGCCCAAUGCCUGGCGGUACGCCGGGUGGCCACGGUGCCUCCACGCCCUCGGCACGGCCUCUCCCAUCAUCAGCUCCUAAGGAGUUCCCGUUCAACUACGAUGACCCAUCGCACAGCGGCGCGCGCGCAUUUUCGCCGAGCAGCGCGGGCGGCGACUCUGCAGCUGCCAGUCAGCAGGCGGCAUUCGCGGCGGUUGAUCAGAGCAUUCUGGCGCGACGGGUCGGCAAACCGGCGAACAUCAAGGCGAUCCCUUUGCGACUCGGCCAGGAUGAACCGGCGCCUGGCGAGGAACGCGUCACAGCGCACGAACCGCCUCCAAAGGACGACGACGAGGAGCAGGAGGUCGAGCGCCAAGGCGACGCAGACACAGAUGACGGGGAGACGCAGACAGGCGACGGAGGCAACGAUGCUGCUGCUACUGGAGACGUCGUCGACGACGACGAAGAAGAAGAAGGCAGCGAGCGCACCGCGUCCGUGUCGCACGUCAUCACAAACGUGCUCAUUCUGCAAAGCUUUCUUCUCGAGCUCGCGGCUUUGGUGCAGGUGAGGGCGGGGGUUUGUUUGACGAGGUACGCUUUGCGUAAGUGCAGGGUAGCGGACCAGAUGCUAGAGCAGGGCCCUUGA